UGAGGGGCGUGGAACCUCAACCCAGCAUGUUAUCAUGAUAGAGUCUAUAGAUGCAGAGACUGCGGGCCCUGGAGUCAAGCAGGAGAGGUCUGAAGGAGAGGACCCACGGCACAGUAGAAACAUCCAGACUGGAGCGGCUGGAGUGCCCCCUGUAGCUACAGAGGACCCCACCACCGCCACAGUGCAGCCCAGGACCCAACGCAGCAUCACGGAGGUCAGAGACAGACACAAGUCAGAGACAGACACAGAGACUUUAACUGUAAUACAAAGCCUUUUACUCACAGAAUCUGACCACAGAUCAGACCCAGAGAGACUCGGGCUGGGGCCACUGGGCUGUGCUCCUGCUCCUGGCUCAGAGUAUUUACUUUACGGUAACCCGAACAUGAGGGCUGUUAAUUCCCAUCUGGACUCAGGUGACGUGUUAGAGACUGGCAAUGAUCCGUCUUGUUCUUACGCUACAGAGAUGGACCCUGGCAACAUGCGAUUGGGUUUAGAGACACACACUGAUCUGUCUACAGGGGACUGGAACCGGUACAGUAGUAGUGUAUACUCUGAAGGGUGCCUAGAUAAGAAAGUGGAGGUUAUAGUUGUAGAUGAAGUGACUGUGAAAGUGGAGGGUGACCCUCCCACAUGGAAUGCAGAUAGUCACCUAGGAGACAGACACUCACAGGGCAGAGAUUUCUUAGAUUACAGGGAAAGCUUAGAGACAAGUCAAAAUGUUGCGACCCAUUCCCCUUUACACGCACUCAAGGAUCACGACCCAGUGUCAACGUCGAUGGGGCAUUCCGAUUCACACGGCCGCGUCCUUUUCGAUCAGGUAUUGAACUCAAACGACAGGCCUAGAGCCCAGGUUCAGGCAGGGGGAGAAACAUCAGGUGGUAUUAAAGAGAAGCAGUUCCUCUGCACGUUCUGUAACAAAGGCUUCAGCUGCCCCCAGAAGGUGGAGAUUCACCAGAGGGUCCACACAGGGGUGAAACCCUAUAGCUGUAACCAGUGUCACAUGCGCUUCGCCCAGGCUGGCAACCUGAAGAGGCACCAGAUGGUCCACACAGGACUGAAACCCUUCAGCUGUCCCCAGUGUCCCAUGUGCUUUGCUCAGGCUGGUGACCUGAAGAGGCACCAGAGGGUCCACACAGGGGAAAAACCCUACAGCUGUACCCAGUGUCCCAUGCGCUUCGCCCAGGCUGGUCACUUGAAGAUGCACCUGAAGGUCCACACUGGAGAGAGGCCGUUCGCCUGUACACACUGCGGGAAGAGGUUCUCAGAGAGAAGCUACCUCAGGAUACACCAGCAGAAAAAACAUUCCACUCUAUAACAGAAAGUAACCAUUCCAAUCGAUAGCUUCUGAUGUUUAGAUCCUACCCUGCUUUAAAGACAAAGUUGAAUUUUCAUUGAUGUCAAUCGAAAAUAGCCACAGAUGCAUUUGGAAUAGUGAGAGUAACAGAUUUCAGUGUUUAAUAUUCCUGAGUAGAAUAUUGCAUCCAGACAUUGUGUGAUACACUGUAUGAUAUACUGUAUAACCCUAAAAAAGUCUGUUAGAUAGUGUUUGUACUGUGUCGGAUAUAAGAUGUUCAAAUGCCUGUUUCAUUACUUCCAUUCAACUACAAUUUUUCCCCAAGACACUUUUCAUGAGAAAAUGUAUGCAGUUUAUCAAGUUCAUGCAGAUUUUUAGUUGAGAAGUGUAUGUGUGGUUUUCAUAUGGUGUAUUUCAAGACUUCCUCCUGUGAUUAAACUUUUCCUGUUGUAAAGUGAUAUUCUAAGUAUAAAUACAGGUUUAAAUGGUGAAAAAAUUGAACAAAAGUAUUUUGGACAUAACUGCAAACUUCAAGGAGCAAGGUAUUCAAUGAGUUGGUUUGAUGGGAAGUUGUGAUGCCAUCGGCCUAGUGAACAAAAGAAGAAAGGCCCAACCCACCCAUGUCCUGGACCACCUAUUGAGAUGUUCCUUUUGUUAAGUAAAUCAGGUGUUACGAGGUGAAAAGGAGACUGCAGUGGCAUCUUAACACUUGUUUAAUAAACACGAAAUGGGACUUUUCAUU